GCAAUCCGAUCCAGCGCCGCCGCCGCCGCCGCCAAACCCUCCUGCCCACGUCGCCGGAGAGAAGAAGGGGAAGAUGGCCAGGUGGAAGGGCCAGAGGAAGAAGGCCGUGACGCGAUCCGUCAAGGCCGGGCUCCAGUUCCCGGUCGGCCGCAUCGGGCGCUACCUCAAGCGGGGCCGCUAUGCGCAGCGCAUCGGGUCGGGCGCCCCCGUCUACCUCGCCGCCGUCCUCGAGUAUCUCGCCGCCGAGGUCCUGGAGCUGGCCGGCAACGCGGCCGUGGACAACAAGAAGACGCGCAUCAUCCCUCGUCACCUGCUGCUCGCGAUCCGCAACGACGAGGAGAUCGGCAAGCUGCUCGCCGGCGUCACCAUCGCCCACGGCGGCGUGCUGCCCAACAUCAACCCCGUGCUGCUCCCCAAGAAGACCGCCGAGAAGGCCGACAAGGACUCCAAGUCCACCAAGACCACCAAGAAGAAGACCACCGCCAAGUCCCCCAAGAAGGCUACCGAGGAGACCACCGCCACCGAGGACACCGCCAACGCCGAGGAGACCGCCGCCGCGGAUGAGGAGUAGCGAGGCUUGGCUGCAUAGGAUCGGAGGGAGCCUGUCAUGUUUCCGAGUUGCGUCCUGUAUGUAAUCGUUCAUGGUUGUCGUUAGUAUCGCUUAUCGAUCCGGGGUUGUUGCUGAACGGAAUCUGAAAACUGAACUGUUUCGCCUUCCAUUCAGUCUUUACAUGUCAAUUUGA